AUGGCCAAAGCCACGGCUGCCGCCGUCGGCUCUCCGGCAACAGCUGCGGGCUACUUCCCGUGCUUCUGCCGGGGGCAGCUGGAAGCAGCCGAACUCACGGUCUCCUUCCCACGCCGCGGCUACAACAAGUACGAGGAGAACGAUGUCGAGCCCAAGGCCUUUGAGGGUGACGGCGGCCUCGCGGGAGUGCCCCUCUUCGGCAUGUUCGCCCACGGCGAGCUCGGCCCGGCGAUGGACGCGACCGUUGCGGCCUCCGCCGAGGAGGUACCCAAGACAAGCCAUGAUAUCCACUCCAUGACCUCGGUGCUCGCGGUCUACUCUUAG